AUGAAUAUAAAUUGUCAACAUAGUGCAAUAUCAACAAUAUCUGAAACUACACUUGGUCAACGACAAAUUACAUUAGAAGAAAAAACAUCAUCAAUUAAUUUAAAAUCAAAAUCGAAACGUCUAUUAACUCAUUGUAUAAUGCCAGAAAACGAUGAAAAUCAAGAUCAUGAAACAUCACAACAACAAUCUGAUAAAAUAAAUAAAAUAAAGUACUCAAACUUAAUUACUACUGGUACAUUUAAUCAAUUGUUUGAUAAUGAAGUACCAAUAACAGGGUUGGGUGUGAGUGUGGAUAUGGGUGUAGGCGUGGAUGGAUUUAUUUUUUGUUUAAAAUAUGUCGAAGGUAUUAUAAGACAACAACAGCAUUCAAGUCAAAUCUUAUCACAAGAUAAACAACAAGUACCUAUGUCAAGAGAACGUUAA